AUUCACCAUCCAGGUCGCCUUCCAAGGUAGAAGUGACGGAAAAGAAGACGACGGUGCUUUUGGAGAGCCCCUGCCCUCGCAGCUCCUUGCCUGGCAAUAGCCGGGAUAGCCCUAUGCCCAACGGCUUGGAUCCAGUGGCCGAGACGGCGAUCAGGCAGCUCACGGAGACGAAUAACAAGCCCACCAAGAAGACCCCAACAAAACGUAGCACGCUGAUCAUCUCGGGAGUUUCCAAGGUACCUAUCGCUCAAGAUGAAAUGGCGCUUUGUCUGGGCUAUGCUGCAUCCCUGGAUGCCACGGUGUAUGGGGAUUCUGUGGCAGAGGGAGCAGCUGACCGGAUGCACGAUUCGACGGAAUCGUCACAGCUGCUGGAAGCGUCACCGUCGGGGCAAAGGGCCAGUCAGGAGCUGGAUGAGACGACGCGGUCAGACAUCUCUGAGAGACCAUCAGUGGAAGACGUUGAGUCUGAAACUGGCUCCACGGGAGCCCUUGAGACCAGGAGCCUGAAAGAUCACAAAGUCAGCUUUCUUCGGAGCGGUACCAAGCUCAUCUUCCGGAGGAGGAGCAAGCAGAAGGAAGCGGGCCUGAGCCAGUCACACGAUGACUUGUCCAACGUCACCGCCAACUCCGCCGCCAGGAAGAAAGCCGGCAGCUUCUCCCGCCGCCUCAUCAAACGCUUCUCCUUCAAGUCUAAAUCCAAACCCAGAGCUAGCGACAGCACAGCAGAAGGUGAGAACUGA